AUGUUGACAUUGUUGAUAUCAGGUCCUAAACAACCCAGAAAUGAUAUUGAUGUAUAUCUAGCUCCUCUUAUUGAUGAUUUAAGCACUCUAUGGUAUGAAGGUGUUGAUGCUUAUGAUGCAUAUAGGAAGGAAGAGUUCAAACUUAGAGCUGUGUUGUUAUGGACCAUUAAUGAUUUUCCUGCGUUAGGCAAUCUAUCCGGGUUUAGUGUGAAAGGGUACAAGGCAUGUCCUAUCUGUGAAGAGAACACAUGUUCUCAAUAUUUGAAGCACUCUAGAAAGAUUUGUUACAUGGGACACAGAAAGUUCUUACCCCGCGAUCAUGUCUUCCGAACAUGGGAAAACCCAUUCAAUUGUUCACAAGAGUUUGCAAUGGCUCCACAACCAUUAUUUGGAAGACAAUUGGUUGAAAAGCUGAAUAAAGUCCAAUUCAAACAAGGAAAGCACAAACAGAGCAUGAAAAGAAAGAGAGGAUGUGAAAAUGGUGAGGAGGUUCAAAUUGAUCCUAAGGUUUGUUGGAAGAAGAAGUCUAUAUUCUUUGAGCUUGAAUACUGGGAGCAUUUGGUCCUACGUCAUAACUUGGAUGUCAUGCAUAUUGAGAAAAAUGUGUCUGAUAGCCUUAUUAGUACAUUGUUGAAUAUUCCUGGACGGAGUAAGGAUGGAAUUAAUGCUCGACUAGAUUUAAAAGAUAUGGGUGUGCGUACAAAUUUAGCACCAAAGGUUGGUGAGAAACGAACAUUUUUACCACCAACUUGUUAUACCUUGAAUAAUGAAGAGAAACGAGGAAUUUGUCAUUGUUUGGCCAAUGUGAAAGUUCCAGAAGGUUAUUCCUCCAAUAUUUCGACAUUGAUAGAUAUGAAAAACUUGAAUUUAGUUGGGUUGCAAUCUCACGAUCAUCAUACACUUUUACAACAUAUUCUACCAAUUGGUAUUCGUUCUGUUUUACCCAAAAAGGUUCGGAAUGCCAUCACAAGAUUUUGCUUGUUUUGUAAAUCUCUUUGUUGUAAAGUGGUAGAUGUUUCUAAGUUGGACAAACUUGAAUCAGAAAUCAUAUACACUUUGUGCUUGUUGGAGCAAUUCUUUCCACCUUCUUUUUUUGAUAUUAUGGUUCACCUAACAGUUCAUUUGGUGAGAGAAGUGAGAUUGUGUGGACCAGUGUAUUUAAGAUGGAUGUACCCUUUUGAAAGGUAUAUGAAGAUUUUAAAAGGUUAUGUUAUAAAUAGAAGCAGGCCUGAGGGUUGCAUUGUUGAGUCUUAUAUCGUUGAAGAAGCAAUGGAGUUUUGUUCAGAUUACUUGUCAAGUGUUUCAAGUGUUGGGGCAUAUCCAUCUCGAAUUGAGAUUGAAAUUAGUAAAGGUGGAAGAGGUGGUGUAGUUUCAGAAAUAAAUCAAGUUGAUCGAGAUGAAGCUCAUCGCUUAGUCUUACAAAAUAUUAACGACGUUCAACCUUACAUCGAGUAA